CCUUCUUUUCAACCCGGGAUUUAUUGGAGCCUUUUUACUCCGCUCCCAGGCAGCGGUCGCGGCUCAGUUUCUCCACUUCUUGAUUUUCUUUUAUAUAUAUAUAUAUAUACAUAUAGAUAUAUUAAUUUUAUUGUUUUGUUUUCCCUUCCCUCUCCCUUUCUCCCUCCCUCCCGCAGCCGGAGCAGCCGCGGGCGUUGAGGUGGAGCGGGCGGGAGCGCGGCCGGCUGCGGGCACGGCGCUGGGGACCCGCCCGCACGGCCGGGAGCAGCCCUCCCGCUUCACAUUAUUUCGCUUUAUUUUGCUUUUUCUUUCCCCCACCUUCCUUGGCAAUUUGUUAUUAUUGCUGCUUUUAUUUUUUUUCCUUUUUCUUUUUUUUUUUCCCCUCCCUUUUUUUCCUGUGCUGCGAUCAGCCAAGGGAAGGGGGAGCUGCCCCACGCCGCUCGCCCCGCUGCUGCUGCUGCGGCCCCGGCUCCUCUCGCUCCUGGACCUGCUGCCCGGACCGACCCCGCUACCUGCCCGCCCGCGGGAGGAGCCACUUCCCUUGCCCAGGAGGAUGGAGGUCCAGCAGCUCCUGCGCCUGCUCCUCACCACCGCCAUGCUGGGCCUCUCCCAGACCGUGAACCCCUUUGUGGCCCAGCAGACCCCCCCAGACCCUUGCUACGAUGAGAGCGGUGCUCCUCGCCGCUGCAUCCCUGAAUUUGUCAAUGCCGCCUUUGGGAAGGAGGUCCAAGCCUCCAGCACGUGUGGGAAGCCCCCGACACGGCACUGCAAUGCCUCAGACCCGCGCCGAGCCCACCCACCCGCCUACCUGACUGACCUUAACACCGCGUCCAACAUGACGUGCUGGCGCUCUGAGACCCUCCACCACUCACCGCAGAACGUCACCCUCACCCUGUCCCUCGGCAAGAAGUUCGAGGUGGUCUAUGUCAGCCUCCAGUUCUGCUCACCUCGGCCGGAAUCCACCGCCAUCCUCAAGUCAAUGGACUAUGGCAAGACCUGGGUGCCGUACCAGUACUACUCCUCCCAGUGCCGUAAGAUCUACGGCAAGCCCAGCAAAGCCACCGUCACCAAGCAGAAUGAACAGGAGGCCCUCUGCACUGAUGGCCUCACCGACCUCUACCCGCUCACCGGUGGGCUCAUUGCCUUCAGCACCCUUGAUGGGCGACCCUCUGCACAGGACUUCGACAGCAGCCCCGUGCUCCAGGACUGGGUGACAGCCACCGACAUCCGCGUGGUCUUCAGCCGCCCGCAUCUCUUCCGCGACCUGGGCAGCCGGGAUGCUGGGGAGGAUGAGGGGGGCACCGGCUCCACCCCCUAUUACUACGCAGUGGGGGAGCUGCAGGUCGGCGGGCGCUGCAAGUGCAAUGGGCAUGCAGCGCGCUGUGUGAAGGACAAGGAGCAGAAGCUGGUGUGCGACUGCAAGCACAACACUGAGGGGCCCGAGUGCGACCGCUGCAAGCCCUUCCACUAUGACCGGCCCUGGCAGCGGGCCACAGCCCGCGAGGCCAAUGAGUGUCUGGCCUGUAACUGCAACCUGCACGCCCGGCGCUGCCGCUUCAACAUGGAGCUGUACAAGCUCUCAGGCAGGAAGAGCGGUGGCGUGUGCCUCAACUGCCGGCACAACACAGCAGGGCGGCACUGCCACUACUGCAAGGAGGGCUUCUACCGGGACCUCAGCAAGUCCAUCACGGACCGCAAGGCCUGCAAAGCUUGCGACUGCCACCCUGUUGGCGCAGCCGGCAAGACCUGCAACCAGACGACGGGGCAGUGCCCGUGCAAGGACGGUGUGACUGGCCUUACUUGCAACCGCUGUGCCAAGGGCUACCAGCAGAGCCGCUCACCAGUGGCCCCCUGCAUCAAGAUCCCUGCCAUCAACCCCACCUCCCUGGUCACCAGCACGGAGGCGCCUGCGGACUGUGACUCCUACUGCAAGCCAGCCAAGGGCAACUACAAGAUUAACAUGAAGAAGUACUGCAAGAAAGACUAUGUGGUCCAGGUGAACAUCCUCGAAAUGGAGACAGUGGCCAACUGGGCCAAGUUCACCAUCAACAUCCUCUCUGUCUACAAGUGCCGUGACGAGCGGGUCAAGCGUGGUGACAACUUCUUGUGGAUCCACCUGAAAGACCUGUCCUGCAAGUGCCCCAAGAUUCAGAUCAGCAAGAAGUACCUGGUCAUGGGGAUCAGCGAAAACUCCACUGACCGGCCGGGACUGAUGGCUGACAAGAACAGCCUGGUCAUCCAGUGGCGGGACGCCUGGACGCGCCGCCUCCGGAAACUGCAGCGACGGGAGAAGAAGGGGAAGUGCGUGAAGCCCUGAGGGGGUUCCACACAUCCCAUCCCACCCCGUGCUCAGCUCCAGCCCGGCUGUGCGCUGCCAAACUGCGCCCGGAGACUCUGUACAUAUAUAUAGUGUGAACAGAC